AUGUUGGAUGAUCGUAUUAGUCAAUUGAUAACUAUAUGUCAGAAUAGGUCUGAAGGUACUUCUCGAGAGUUACCAAGUUUAAUUGAUAAUGUCAUGGCGAUUGUGAGAGCACUUCUUGGAGUGGAAAAUGAUUAUAAUGGUACUCAUGAGAGUGGCCAUUUUAUGGAACUAUUAAUGGAUGAGAAUUACAAAAAUUACUGUGAUGAUCAUAAUGGUGGUGAUUAUAACAAUGCUGACAAUAAUAAUGAUGGUGAUAACAAUGAUGAUGAUGAUGGUGAGAGUAGUGACAGUGAUGAUGACAGUGACAGUGAUUCUGAUGAUGAUGAUAGUAAUGACGAUUCUGAUGAGGAGUUUUACCAGCUUGUGGUAGUUACCUGUGAACAGUUGUGA